AUGACCUGUACAACAUUAGAUCAAACGGAACAAGUUCGUCAUGUAAUUUAUUUUUCUGCUGUUGCUAAACCAGCAUCAAUCAAGGUUCCACAAGAUAAAAAAACUAUUCAAUUUAUUCUUUUAAAUCAAUUAGAAGAACAAGGACAAAAUUGGUUUGAUGAUAUAAAUUAUGGUGGAUUUCAUAUAUGGUCAAGUGAAACAGCACAAAUUGAUGAUAAUAAUGAUCAAGAAGAAGCAGUUUUUUUAUUAUCUUGUCAAAUGUCGACUGAUGCAACAAAUCUGUUUCCACUUGCUAAUACAUUAUCUCUGUGUGGUUAUAAGAAGAUCAAUUGUAUUCGAAAUCUUGUUAAAUCUGGAUGUUCUAUAUCAUCGUUAGUUCCUUGGUCAUUAUUAACACACAUUGAAAUCAAUCAUAGUGAUGUUAUUACUCAACAUACAUUACAGUCAUUAUUAUACAUUGCUCAUAAUGUACACACACUAGAAAUAAUUGGUGAUAGAAGAAUUCUACUUCGCAUGAUAUUGCAUAAUAAAGAUAAUUUUGGAACUCGUAUCAAUCAACAAAUAAAAUCACUGAUCAUCUACGAUGCAUCAUUGACAUUACAAAAUGUUCAACGUUUUUGCACAUUAUUGUCGAAUCAAUUUACUAAGUUAAAGACACUUUGGUUUACUAUUUGUGAUUCAUAUGGUCACUGGCAAUGGAAAUCAUCUCGAAUUAAUGAUGGAAAAAACAAAUCUACAAAGCAUAUUGUUAAUGUUAUUUAUUUGCUUGUUAACCAUUUACAGGAACUUGUUUGGCUUCGAAUAAACUUUUCUACUCUAACUUAUUCUGAUACACCUUGUUUCCCGCAUUUAAUUCGACGACAACUACAUCAAUAUCCACUUAGUCGACCUUGUCGUUUACGUUGUUCUAAUGAUAGUGUCCAAAUUUGGCUGUAA